AUGGACGCAAUCACAGACGGUAACGGCAGCGAACAUUUCAUGCCCAUCACACAUGUAUACGACCCUGUACUGGACAGUAAAACCUCCUUCGAUCCAAGCAUAUUCAAAUUUCUCCAAGGUCCAGACGAAGGCGUCGGCGGACCCGGAUGUUAUUCGAACUCCAUUGUCUUGUACCCUUCCGAAUUGUCGAUAUCCUGGCCCAGCUACUUGCCCUGCUGUAGACAGAGCAAGCACUGGAAAACCGCAGAAAGCAUGACCAAGGAACUCCUGAAUGCUAUCUACGAAGACUCGUGUCGAGACGCUCAAUAUAAUGGAGCAAUGCCUCGGGAGCUACAAGACACAUCGUCGGAAGUUAGGAUGCGCAAGGAGGUAGAGCUCAUGGCGACAUCAGUCAAGUCAGCUGCCUACAUGUAUCCAAAUGCGAGUCCAGUACGUGCGGGCAUGUUAAGUCAGUCUAUGUUGCUUGUCUUUCUACAUGAUGAUGUUGUGGAGAGUUGUCCAUUGGACGCCGGAUCGACAAUCACCGACGCCAUUUUCGCUACAUAUGAGUCGAAGUCUGGUACCCUACAGAGGCGUCACAAUGCGCUGCGCAGUUUCUUGACAGCGAUCAUUGAGGAAGACCCGAGCCUUGGAAAAAGGCUCCUCUCCAGCAUAGAUACCUGGCUCAGUCAUACCAAGGGCUAUCGAUCGAUCUCAGGAACAAUCUUUGACUCGUUGAGUAAUUAUCUAGACUUUAGAUCGGAUGAUAUUGCGCGAGAAUUUAUCCUAGCACAAGCUUUGUUUGCUUGCAACAUCCACCUCUCCCAGACCGAGAUACAAGUAUUCAACAAUUUGAUCCGGAUACAUGUGACUCACCUCUCUCUCACCAAUGACCUUUACUCCUUUGAAAGGGAGAGUAAAGAGCACGAGCGAACCGGUAGACUGCUCAUCAACGCGAUCGAGGUGAUACGCAAUGUAUACCAAGUCUCUCUGGUGACUGCGAAGCAGCUUGCCCGGGGAUUCAUUCUGGACACCGAGUGUGCGUUUUCCGGGGAGUUUAAAAGGCUAAUAUCGUCGGGGCUCUUGAAUAAUGGCCAGAUCCGGUUUGCGAAGGCGUUGGCUGAAUGUCUUGCCGGGCAGACCUUCUACUCGAUAACAUCUGGUCGUUAUGGAGGUGAUAAGGCUGUGAGGGCGGUUUCUGCUUGA